UGUUUUUAUGUUUCUUAGGUCUAAUCGUGCUCUACCCUCUAAUGAAACGUGUGACCUACUGGCCACAGCUCAUGCUGGGAUUCACCUUCAACUGGGGCGCUCUCUUAGGCUGGGCAUCAGUCCGGGGCACAUGUGACUGGGCUGUUUGCUUGCCUUUGUAUGCUGCUGGUGUAGCAUGGACACUUAUCUAUGACACUAUAUAUGCACAUCAGGACAAAUGUGAUGAUGCCAUCAUUGGUAUUAAAUCAACAGCUCUGAAGUUUGGUGACCAAACUUGGAAAUGGCUGAGUGGAUUUGGCCUCACAUUUGUGUCAUGCCUAUUAUUAACUGGCUAUAAUGCUCAGUUAGCAUGGCCAUAUUAUUCUGCGGUUGCUGUUGCAACAUUUCAUGUCACAAAUCAGGUACGAAAACUUCUAAGAGUCUAUAAGUUAUUCCAUUAUGAAGCAAAUAGCUUAUUUCCAAAGAUUAUUACAUGUACCAUACCAUUUAUCUGUAGUCUAUUUUCAACUGACAGCUUUAGAGGUGUUAAUUUUUAUCUGUUAAGUAUGAUAAGUUGAGAAAACUAAAGUCCAGAUAUCUGUGGUGCCUCCAGUCCCAAGCUUGCUGGAUAAAUGGUCUGGUACUUUUGCUGAUUUUUUACCAAAUUGAAUUAAUUGUGGGAUAAUGAGCUUGUUGACAAAAGAGAGGUCACUAUGAUUAGUUUGGAGGAAUUAAUUCAAUUAACAAUGCUCACUUGAUAUUACAAAGGUAAAUUUCAUAUAUGAUAGUAGUUUUUAACCCAGUGCCGCCGGGGAAAUAAAAAAUGGGGAAAUUGCUGUGCUCAUUUUCUAUAUUUUUGUGAAAUGUCUCUGCACAUAGAUGGCUCUGCUAGUGCUUAGCCACAAAGGAGUCAGUUAGUAGACCUUGUGACCUUGCGUGAUUUGAAUUGGUGGGAAAAACAUAUGUUUUACUAGUGCUAUGAAUAUGUUAUUUUUAUUAUAAACAUUAUAAUUACUAUAAUGUUAUAAACAUAAGUAACAGCAAAAUUAUAUAACAUAAAAUAUUUCGUAUAUCAAAGAAAAGGAUAAACGGGCGAGACAGGCAGUACUUGUAACUGGGCUCAUUGGUGACUUAGUACAAGUGUAGCCAUCUAUGUGCUAAAACAAUCAAACAAGUACUCACAGUGAACGUAGCACUUACAUACACGUCAUGCCCGUUGGAAUUGGGUUAAUGUAGUUGAGAAAAUUUUGUAUUCAGUCCUACUGGGGAAGGGAUGUACAUGCAUGCUAUGCCCACUGUUAGUUUACUUUAUUAAUUGUAUUUACAAAUAGAUGGCUCUACAAGUCACUUACGUGCCUUAGUCAUGAAAUCAACUACUAGUACUACUUACCUCUACUGUUAACCAUUUCUUUGAUUUUCAGACAUAUUCUCUUUUGUCCUAAAAAAAAAAGAAAAAAAAAAAUGAAUACUCAUGGAAAGGGGAAAUCACUUGAGGGCAUGAGGACUGCAUAGUGGAUGAGCACUUGUUGAGACAUCAAUCUGUAGAGACAUUUCACAAAAGAAAAUUUAGAGCUGUAGGUAUAUUUUUACCUGCCUAUCUUUCAUUCUGAACAACCCAGUUAUUAGUUUUCAGACUUUAGAAAGCUGUACCUUGAGAACUAGUACUGUUAAUCAUUAGUGAGUUAAUUUUGACCGACCAGAAUUGCACAAUAUAAAAUAAGAAUAACUUAUGCAAAGAUUUUAUUUCAGCAAACAAGUAUUAAUUAACAAAUGUAUUUUGGUUAUGUAAUCAGUAGAAUUAAAUUAAACAAAUACUGAAAACCAUAAGACAGUGCUGCAAAAAAUUGGUAGUACUAAGCCCUAGACAAAAUUCAAAAUUACUUCCUCUAAUAAUGUUCAAAAUUAUUUCCUUUAACCCAACUCCUCUGGGGAAAAUAAAUAAAAAUAGGGGGGAAAUGCUGUGCUAAUAUUUUAUAUUUUUGGGAAAUGUCUCUGCACAUAGACUGUUCUGCUAGUGAUUAGCCACA